GAGUUUCUCCCCUCUAUAGGCUCUUUGGUUGUACACACGUGGGGAGUUGAGCACAUCGAUACCUCGCUAAAGGGACUGAACCAGUCUGAGGAUGUCGGGUGAGGAUGUGGAGCGGCUGUUGAUCCAGUUUCAGGAUGAGGAGGGGGAGGUCCUGGGUUCACCUUUCGAUGUUCCUUUGGACAUCACCCCAGACAAACUACAGCUUGUGUGCAAUGCACUCCUACAGAAGGAAGAGCCAGUUCCACUUGCAUUCUUUGUUCGUGGAGAGGCUGAGGUGGUGUCCAGUCUGGGGUUGUGUGUGAAGGCUCUCGGGGCUGAAACAGAGCAGGUUCUGCCUGUGGUUUACCAGCCUCAAGCUGUGUUCAGGGUCCGAGCUGUAGCCCGAUGUACGAGCACACUACAGGGACACACGGAGGCUGUCAUCUCAACUGCCUUCAGCCCCACUGGGAAAUACCUAGCCAGUGGUUCAGGUGAUACCACAGUGCGUUUUUGGGACUUGACAACUGAGACGCCUCACCACACAGCCAGAGGACACACACAUUGGGUACUCAGUAUUGCCUGGUCACCUGAUGGAAAGAAAUUGGCUUCGGGAUGCAAGAAUAGUCAGAUCUGUCUGUGGGAUCCAGUGACAGGCACACAGAUGGGAAAGACUUUGACAGGACACACCAAGUGGAUUACUUGGCUCUGCUGGGAGCCUCUCCAUCUAAACCCAGAGUGUCGGUACUUAGCCAGUAGCUCUAAGGACGCCUCAGUACGAAUUUGGGAUACAGUGUUGGGACGCUGUGAGAAGAUCCUGACUGGUCACACUCAGUCAGUCACAUGUGUGAAGUGGGGAGGAGACGGACUUCUGUACACUUCUUCACAGGACAGGACGGUCAAAGUGUGGAGGGCAAAAGAUGGCGUCCAGUGCCGGACUCUGCAGGGUCACGCCCACUGGGUGAACACCCUGGCUCUCAGCACAGACUACGUCCUGCGAACUGGAGCUUUUGAACCUGCAACUGCCACCAUCAACCCCCAGGACCUCACUGGAACAUUGGAGGAGCUAAAGGAGAGAGCUUUGCAGCGGUAUAAUAAAGUCAGGGGUCAGGCUCCAGAGCGCCUUGUUUCCGGCUCUGAUGACUUCACAUUGUUUCUGUGGAAUCCUGCAGAAGACAAGAAGCCUCUUGCCAGGAUGACUGGCCACAGUGCUUUGGUCAAUGAGGUGCUGUUCUCCCCAGACACCAGGCUCCUUGCCUCUGCCUCCUUUGACAAGUCUAUUAAAAUCUGGGAUGGACGCACAGGAAAGUACCUGAUGUCUCUGCGUGGACAUGUGGGGUCUGUGUACCAGGUGGCAUGGUCUGCAGACAGCAGGCUGCUGGUGAGCGGCAGCAGUGACAGCACACUUAAAGUCUGGGACGUAAAGACUGGGAAGCUGAACAUGGACCUGCCAGGCCAUGCUGAUGAGGUGUUUGCUGUGGAUUGGAGUCCUGAUGGACAAAGAGUAGCCAGUGGCGGAAAAGACAAAUGUCUCAGGAUAUGGAGAAGGUAACCAGGCCUCUGUUCCUCACUCUAAUUUUGGCUGUGGAUUUAAAGUAUUCUACUGCUGAGCGGCCUGACAGCUGGAGCAAAGGUGGCUAGACUGAACCUAAUCCCAAGAUGGCUUUAAUACUCAGUGGUGCGAAGAUACUCCAAUCUGUUCAGGAUGCAAAUGAACUCUCCAGGUUUGAAAUCAUGGAAAUAUUAGCAGUGUAAGACAGGCAAGGUUUUUAAAUAAACCUUGAGAUCAAAGCCAGUUGGAGAUGCACUGUAAUGAGUACAGUGUUUGCAGCCCUGACAAAAGUGUAUCUAAAUACAUUUUUGAACACAUCAGACCCUUCUUUUUAUUUUUUAACACAGAUCUAUAUUGAUGAUCUAUGAUCUAUGAUGGUGAUCUAUAUUCAGACACAAUAUGCAGUUACAUUAGAUCAGGAAUAUUUAGGCUAUUGUGUCUAAUUCUGCAGAGAUCAUACUUUCUAAAGAAAUCCAAGCACCUGCACAGGAUUGAACCUGCACAUGAGGAUGUUUUCCUCAGCAGCAUGCAUGCCCUGUGCUUCACCAAAAGCCUUAACUAGAUGAAUGGCAGACCGUGCCUGACGUGCACUUGUGGGGGAACAGGUGGGAGCACUAAUACCUUUCCUCUGUGAUGUCAGUGUCAACCACGCUCGCCCUGCUCCUUCAGCCCUUAAUCUCCUCUGUCCUGCGAUCAGCAAAAGCCUCAGCCUGCUGGUUUUUCCAGCCACUGCGGUGAAGCCAAAUGCCAGCAGCUCUGAACUCUAUGGGCCACAUCCUGUUACGGACAAAAACAGGUCCACCUUUCCAUUUAGAAGACCAGUUUGUUUCUAAAGUGUAACUAAAUUUGUGAAUAUUUACUAUGAAUAAAUGUUUUCAAUCCAAACAUCUA